AUGGCAGAAUUCGACUUCAAGAAUAUUGCUGUUUUCGACGACAUAAAAAGGAAGUAUGAAGAGUUUGGAUAUAUCAUAAUACGCAAUAUUCUAACCAAAGACGAAAUCUCAAGGGUAAGGCGUGCAUUUGAUAAUCCGAAUGGUGUGAUGAAGAAUCAGUUCAAAUUACCUUCAGGUGGUGGUCGAGAUGUCAUAUUGAGUUUGUGGAACAAUCCAGGAAAUGAUGUCACCGGAAUGGUUGCUCGCAGCGAAAAGAUCGUCAAUAUUUGUGAAAAAUUGUUAGGUGGUGAGAUGUUCCAUUUCCACGCUAAGGCAAUACUGAAGGAACCAUCUGUUGGUGGUCAGUUCGUAUGGCAUCAGGAUUAUGGGUACUGGUACAAACAGGGAUUCCCAUAUCCGGACAUAAUGACAAUUUCUAUAGCGAUUGACGAAAACACCAAAGAAAAUGGCUGCUUGCAGGUGUUACGUGGCACCCACAAGUGUGGUCGGAUCGAUCAUGGAUUUUACGAAGGAGAACAAAUGGCAGAUCCAGAGAGAGUUUCUAAACUGAAAGAGAAACAUCAACUGGAUGAUGUUGAACUAAAACAGGGGGAUGCUAUACUCUUCCAAUCCAAUUUGCUCCACACCAGCGGUAACAAUAUGAGUUCCAGAAGAAGACUGGCAUACGCUAUAGCCUACGCAGCAGCUUACAAUGAGUCUGUAGCAGAACACCCAUUCGCUUGUUAUAAUCCCAUUCAAAAGGUUCCUGAUAGCGCUAUAACGGAGUGUGAAAAUGAGGAGGACUUGACGGGAAAGGUAUUUCUUGACCCAAAGAAAGAUGUGGCUAUUAAAGCGAAACAGGAGCAAUAA